AGAGCGUCACCUCCCCGCAUAUGGAGCAGGAGCGAUAAAGGCGGUGGGUAUUCAUAUCUGGCAGUAAUUUACCGCCUUUCGGAUCAAAUCAUUUCCAUUUCCCCCUCUGUGUCUUGGCCUGGGCAUCUUGCUUCCCAAACUUCGAGAUCGAAACUGCUCUUUCAUCAAACCUCAAGUAACUGAAAAUGGUCCAGCGACCGCUUUCCCCUCCGGCAGAGACUGCGCCUGUCCCAGAUUCAAAGAUUGUACCCCUCGACUCCCCAACACGCACCACACCAAUCCACCCUCUCCUCCCGGAAAUCCGUGUCCCAGGCGAACCCCUGCCACCAUAUAGAUACCACCCAGUGACAUGUUUACCCAUCGAUUCCGAUUCCGAAGAAAUUCAGUCUCAACUGCGGGAGUUACGGCAAGAGGUUUCAUCUCGUGAAGCCGCACUGAAAAUGCAGGAGGAGCUGGCAAGGCAAGUGAGGCAGAAGAUGGACGAGGCUGAGAAAAAGCGCGAAAUGGUCCAAAAGGCGAUGGAUAAGAAGACAAAAGAAAGAAACACUGAGCUGAAGGUGCUCUCGAAGUACCAAGAAGUGAAGGCGUCUGAUAUUCCAUCUUAAGACAUCAGGGAUAUUGUUUCGCAGGACCACGGGAAUCCGUUCAAAUGUCGAUGCAAACUUCGCAGCGACAUUACAAGAGCUGAUCUUUGGAUGACAUCCAUCUUGCCCCGCGUUGUUGAAGAAGGUCAACAGCGCGUCGAGGCAGCUCAUGCCAUCAUAUGCGGGGUGGUGAUUUCUACGGAAACAACUAGAACCGUUCGAAUCAAUAAGAUUUUUGAGUAGCCAUGGAAAUGC